ACUUCCUCCAUACUAAAACACACAACAAAAAAGAAAAAAAAUUAUUCAUCUAGCCUUGAGAAUCCAAUUCUUCUCAAUGGGAAGCCAAAUGAAGAAGCAAUUUGCUUGUGCUUUGGCAUUUUUCUUGAUUGCCUCAUGCACUAUGGCAUAUUCACCUUAUGAAUCAUCAGAUUCAACAUACAAUAAAGUAACAACCAAAGAAGUCAAAAGUGAAGACUUCAAGGUACCCUCAGUGUCGGAAAAGGAAUAUAAGGAGUCAUCUUUUCCAAAAUUUGACUAUUUUAAGAAGCCAUCAGUUUCAGAUGAUAUCUAUAAAAAGGAGUCAUAUAUUCCCGAAUCUAAAGAGUCAUUUUUUCCAAAAUUUGACUACUUUAAGAAGCCGUCAGUUCAAGAAAACGACUACAAGAAGGCGUCAUAUGUUCCAGAGGAACCCUCAAAGGCUAAACCAGAAUAUAAGGAGUCAUUUUUACCAAAAUUUGACUACUUUAAGAAGCCAUUAGUUCAAGAAGAGGACUCCAAGAAGGCGUCCUAUGUUCCAGAGGUACCCUCAAAGGCUAAACCAGAAUAUAAGGAGUCAUUUUUACCAAAAUUUGACUACUUUAAGAAGCCAUCAGUUUCAGAAGAUAGCUACAAAAAGGAGUCAUAUGUUCCAGAGAAACCCUCAAUGCCUAAGGAAGAAUACAAGGUACCUGUUUUGCUUAAGAAUGACUACUUUAAGAAGUCACCAGUUCCAGAAGAUAGCUACAAAAAGGUGUCAUAUGUUCCAAAGGUGCCCUCAGUGCCUAAAGAAGAAUACAAGGUGCCUUCUUUAUCAAAAAAUGAUUACUACAAGAAGCCAUCAGUUUCAGAAGACAACUACAAAAAAGUAUCAUAUGUUCCAAAGGUGCCCUCAGUGCCUAAAGAAGAAUACAAGGUGCCUUCUUUGUCAAAGAAUGACUAUUACAAGAAGCUAACAGUUCCAGAAGAUAACUACAAGAAGGUGUCAUACGUUUCAAAGGUACCCUCGCUUGCUAAACCCGAAUACAAGGUGCCUUCUUUGCCAAAGAAUGAUUACUACAAGAAGCCAUCAAUUCCAGAAGAUAAAUACAAUAAGGUGUCAUCUGUUCCAGAAGUACCCUCAGUGCCUAAACCAGAAUACAAGGUGCCUUCUUUGCCAAAGAAUGCUUACUACAAGAAGCCAUCAAUUCCAGAAGAUAAAUACAAUAAGGUGUCAUCUGUUCCAGAAGUACCCUCAGUGCCUAAACCAGAAUACAAGGUGCCGUCUCUGCCCAAAAAUGACUACGUCAAGAAACCAUCACCUUCUCCAUCACCACCACCUCCAUAUUAUUAAAUUUUCAUCUUUCAUAUUCCAUUUGUUUCAAGGAAUCAAGUCCUUCUCCAGCUCAACUUAUAUAACCCAUAGGGUUCUCAUAUUAUGAGUUUGAAGGCAUGAUAUCAAAAUUUGUAAUCCUUUAUUUGUUCUUCUUUCUUUUCUUUCCUACUUUGAGUUGCAUUCUUUUGUCAUUUAAAUUCCAUUUUGAAUGUAUCCACAGAUUUAUUUCAAUU